AUGGUUGAAAAUGAGGAGCAGGAAAACAAAAUGAUUAAUUAUUUUUCUGAUAAAUUUACCCUCCAUAAUUCCCAAGAAAUAGGAGAACAGAAUUCACUAGCAAUCAAGGAAUCAUCGGAAAGAAUUCUCAAAAGACUAGAAAGCAUUUCAGGAAAAAGCCAAGCCGGAAUAAUGUAUGGAAAAAUUCAAAGCGGCAAAACUAAGAAUUUUCUAGCUCUAAUUUCUUUUUCUUUUGACAAAGGUUACGCAAUUUGUAUCCUUUUAAAUUCGUCCAUCGUUUCAAUUGCUAAUCAGAAUAAGGAAAGAGUAGAAGACUGUUUUAAAGAAGAAAAAGAAAAAGUUAAAAUUUUGGUAGUAGAAAAAAACAAGAACCAGUUAGAGAACGAAAACGGCGAAGCUUUACAACGGAAAUGGGUAGGAAAAGGCAAGAAGAUAAUCAUUGUUAUUCCUAAACACCAUUCCUGGUUGGAGAAAGUUAUUCAGUUCAUUACUAAAAACAAAAUACUCUUUUCCAACAAAGUUCUAAUAGUUGAUGACGAAGGCGACCAGGCUUCUUUAAACAACAAUGCUACCAGGACAAACCAAGAAGCUACCAAGACUAAUGAUUUAAUUAAUAGAAUGCGUAACGAACUCCCUCAUCAUUCUUAUGUUUUCGUCACGGCUACUCCUUUUGCUAAUAUAAUUGUUGAUAACCGCAACGAAAGAACUCACGAGAAAAUGAUAAGAAUCAUACCAGAUAUUGAAGCCAAAAAAUUAUUGUCAUCCAAAGACACUUCCCUCUCUUCUUCACUCAAAAAAGCUUUGGCAACAUUUUUGGUGGGAGCAACGCUUCUAGAGCUCAGAAAAGGAGACGGUCCGGGCUAUGAAAUGAUUAUUAAUCCCCAUUAUGGUUUAGAAGAACAAAAAAAUAUUUUUGGGAAGGUGCAAAAAUUUGUUGAAGAAUUAAAAAGUUCCUUUGAAAAAAGUGAUGGCUAUUUUGAAAGUUUUGUCCGAGAUGGUUUGCAAGAAAUUAGUGCCGAUGUUGUACAUUCUGUUAACGAUGCCGACUUAGUUAAUUCCGUCAAACACACUGUUAAUGAAUGCAUGGUUACUACUCUUAAUAGCGAAGGAAAUUCUAAAGAAAGCGAGCAAACGACUGCUAACAACAUCUAUAUUGGAGCAAAAAGUAUUGAAGAAAAGCCUUUGGCUAAGUGGAUAGUGGAAGGGGGAGGGUUUGUCCUGGAUAGUACGACUCAAAGGCUUACAAGAAGCGGUGUUGGUAAAACUUAUCAGGAAGAACCAAAAGAACAAUAUCUCCCAUAUUCACCUCAGGAAAACAUCAAAAUUGAAGAAGAAUUCUACCAAAAAUUAGCCGCGGAGGAAAAUUCAAUUUUUGUGAAAAGUAAAGUAAUUUAUAGUGACAAAAAUUACCAAGCAAAAGAAUUUGAAAAUCUGCAAAAACUUUUUGAGGAGUUUUUCGGACCAGAACUUUCUUCUCAUAUUUUCUUCAAAAAAAUUGGUGUUAAGAGGGAAAUUUUUCAACAAAUUGUUGAGGCUUCGGUCGCUAGUUCUACAAAGACCAAACUUGUUUUGGUGGAUUUAGAAGAAAAACCCAAAAAACGAACGCUAACUGAUGGAAAAUUAAAAAAUUUCUUUGGUGGAACAGAAGAAAAAGAAGACAAUAAACGUUUUCGACCAAUAAACAAAGACGAAAUAAUGCUACAAGUUUGA